AUGGGCGGAAAUGCCUCGCAGCCUGUGGAUCUUCCAGCGCUGCCACAGCAGCGCAUCGUCAAUGUGCGCGAUGGUCAGGCUGAACCCAUGGAACAACAGCCGCAGAUUGGGACCUUGCAGCAGGCCGUGGCGGUUCGUCCCACGUUGUCGCUGGUGAAAGGCGCCGUACGCGGAGAUGGCAGCGGCGUUCUCACCGUGGAGAUCGCAGCGACUGCUUCGGGGCACGUGGAACUCAUUCUUCCAGCGCAAGAAGUCUCGUCCGCCGACGUGGCGUGGCCGAGGAUUUCCAUGUUACCCAGCUCCAAGGUCCAAAGGUUGAGCAUCGCAGCUUCCAGCGGGUCCCAAAGCAUCAGCUUCAACUGUGCUGUGAGUUUGGAGUCCCUGAGUCGCGAAAAGCGUGCAGGUCUAUGGCCCGCGGUGCUGGUGUUGCGCCCCGGCCCGGCGCCGGUCGGAACCUUGGUGGAGGAACCACCGGAUGGCACCAUGCUGGCCUUCUGUGAGGUGAAGGCAGGCAGCCUGAAUGUGGUGCGGCAGAUCAUCGCCUGGGGAGGCAACGGCAAAGCUUUUGAGAUGAAGGACAUGUUCGGACUUCAGGAUGCCAAAGCAAGUGAAGAUGCCAACAGCUCUCAGCGGAACUGCGUGAUUUGCCUGACGAAUCCACGCGACACCGCGGUGUUGCCGUGCCGACACUUUUGCGUUUGCUACGACUGUGGCCUCUCGAUUCGCCUCACGCCUUCUCGAUCCAAGUGUCCUUUAUGUCGCGCAGACGUGAAGGACCUGGUGCGAAUCGAAUGGGGUGAAGCGGAAGCGGAAGCCCGCAACGGUGCCUGA